AUGGGAGAUACACCACUCCAGCACGGCGCUCCAACAGAGUUCCUCGGACAAGACGCCCCUCCGGGAACGCUUUCGGUCUCAUCCUCAAGUCUCGGGCCGGGUCACAUCGCUGCUGAGCAUCCGUCCGUGUACCCCUCAACACGCCCUCAACAGCAGCCAGACGCCGGAUCGCAACAUGCCUUUGCAAUUCAACUCGAAAUGACGCAUCAACAAAGAACCGGGGGCUUCGAUAUGAGCAGCAUGGCCAACGCCCUGCCCCAGCAAGCAUACCGACCGGGCUCUUACGGACAAAGCCCACAGAGAUAUAACGCGCCUGGAAUAUCAUCCUCCGGAACGGCGCCUCAAAUCCCUGUCUCUCAAUAUGGGGCACCGAACGUUAUGGGACCCGCCGCCCUUUCUCCUCAGUAUUACAUACCACAACCGCAUAUGGCGGCGCAGUACUACCCGACUCCCCUACCCCCCCAGCAGCCAGCGGGUGCUAACAUGCCACCUCGGGGAGAUGUGAACUACUAUGGUAGCCAUGUUGUGAACCAACAACAUCACCCAGGCGCACACUACUAUUACCCGCCGACCGCACACUUUUCUGGGCAGUCGCCGCAUGUAGCAACACAGCUCAUGCUUGGACAGUAUGCGCAAUCGAAUCUGCACCACCUCGAUGCUGGUGCGCAACACCCGCAUCUCAACAAUCAAGGGGUUCCUAUCCAUUCCCCGGCCCAUCAUGGAACGCCCUCGACAGAAAGCCGUCAAAAUAAUGUUGUUCGCGGUCCUCCCCGAAAGCCGCGCCAGAGUGGCCACGCUAUAUGGAUCGGCAACCUACCUCCUCAGACAGAGCUCAUGAGUUUGGUUCAUCACGUCUGCAAGGAAGCUGAUGGACUGGAGUCACUGUUCCUCAUCUCGAAAAGUAACUGCGCGUUCGCGAACUUCAAGGACGAGCAGUCAUGUAUCGCGGCGCAACGAAAACUCCACGACUCAAAAUUCAUGACUGUCAGACUGGUCAGCCGGUUGCGAAAAAGCACGGUAGAAGGACCUGCCGGUAUCACGGCACCGACAGGACCGGCUAUCUCGUCCACGCCGACGGUAACAGCGGCUCAGGAACAAGCUACUACUAUUGGACCCGAUUCGGAUGAAACAAAAACUCCCGCUUUUUCGACGCCGGCGGCCGCUGCCGAUUCGAGUGUAACAAGCCCCAAGUUGGAAAGUGGUUCUUCUCAGAAGGACAGGUUCUUUGUUCUCAAGAGUCUGACGGUGGAGGACUUGGAGCUGAGUGUCAGAACGAAUAUAUGGGCGACUCAGUCGCAUAACGAAGAGGCCCUCAAUAAUGCCUUUAAAGACUCGGACAACGUCUAUCUCGUGUUCUCUGCAAACAAAUCUGGCGAAUACUUUGGCUACGCCCGCAUGACAUCUCCCAUCAACGACGACCCCGCAGCAGCGAUAGAAUUUGCACCCAAGGCACAGUCCUCGGCUGAUGUUGACCUUCCCAAGGCCAUAGCCACCGAAGCCACCGAAUUCGCGCCCAAGGGCCGGAUUAUCGAUGACUCUGCCCGCGGCACCAUUUUUUGGGAGGCAGACCGCGGAGACCAGACGCCUGAUGGCGGGCAAGAUGAGGAAUCCGGUGGGUCGGUCGGUGGGGACAAUGGAAGUGUCCAAGGUGUUGGUCAAGAGAAUGGGGUUGGUGCUGAGUCUAAAGCAUGGGGCAAGCCGUUCCAUCUGGAGUGGCUGUCAACGGCGAGGCUUCCGUUUUAUAAGACUAGGGGACUUAGGAAUCCCUGGAACUCCAACAGGGAGGUGAAGAUUGCUAGAGACGGAACAGAGCUGGAGCCCUCAGUUGGAAGGAGGCUGAUUGGGUUGUUCAACAGGAUACAGAGUCCGGCCAUGCCUAUCAUUCCAGGAAUGGGACCAGGGCCAGUGCCUGUGCAUGUCCCUGUGUCAACGGCCGGAAUCCCGCUGGCAGCCGGGGGCUACUCCAUGCCGAGUGUGUUGAUGAGGUGA